AGCAGUUCAGACUUUAAAUCUCUAGUCGUCACUGGUAUUUUAAUGUUUUCUAGCGGACCCGGAACUCCACUAUACUCCCUGACAUGGAUACCCGUCUCAGAGGGUAAUUAUAGCGGCACUUGUGUCUUCCCUAUUGUGCUCGCCGUUAUCUUCCGCGCCCUCGUUGCCCUUAGGUCUGUACUUAAGAGACGUUAG